AAUUCAGUUUGGUUUUGACGUAACGGUCGGAACGUUAGAAAAUCGCGUUAAGUCUCAGUUGUACGGAGGAAGUGUCACUGUAUACAAUAGGGUAUUGGAAGAUACUAAAAACGCAUGACAGGCUUUCGGAAAAAGGAGGCUUAUCAAUCCCGGCCGGUUUUCGUAGAUUUGUGCGUAUUGUAUAAAGGAUGACCACAGAAACUUUUUUGGACUUCACGUAUGAGCGGGGAAAGGUGUCAAAGCGGUCGCUAAGGCCAAAACUAUUAAAAUUGACUGAUGUGACGAUUUCGCAACGCAGUCGGAAAAAGAACAAAGUUAAGACAAAAGACCGCUCAUCUACUUCAGUGCGCGAUAGAAUCUACGAUGAUCCUGCCUACACCGAGGACAUAAGCCACUUGGCAAACCCUAUGCGCCGCAAUAGCAUUUCUGGGAAGCCAUUUUCAGAACCCAAGGGUUGGUUAGAGACUCGCGGCCAAAACUCGUCGAGCAGUCUGUUGACAAAGAACCAAUUGUCCAAGGAGCUCCAUCAAUAUGUGGCCGGAAAGCAGACCAAAGUCAAGGCAGCUUCCGGCAGCACCGCUAUCUGCUUAAAUUACGAGUGCGAUUCAAGCAGCACCGACAAUGAGACGCUGGAGCCAAGCAAGAGCAGCAUGACUCGUCGGGUGCGCAGUCUAGAACGGAGUCUAAUCGCCACGGCCACAGAGAGAAUGGAAAAGAAAGGAACGAAGCGGAACUCAAAGCAGAAGCGGAACCUUAGCCUGGACAACAGACGCCAUCUGUCACCAGGUAAACGGCAACGGGAGGCGGAAGUUGCGGCCAAAGACGUCCACGAAGUUGACAAUCGACCUCGCAAGGACCGUAUUCGAAAGCACUAUGGCGAGGGCCCAAACGUACUAGACGACGGUUACUCUGCCCUUAGCUCGGCACACGACUCUUCCGCCACAGUACCUGCAGAUCCAGCCGUUGACGCAGCAAAAGUUGCUAUUGGCAAACGUUUCCUGCGCGGCGAAAUUGGUAUUAAAAGCUUUAAUUACUAUUUGCUUAAGGAGGGCUUGAAAAGCUCAAAAAAACUGGAGAACAAACAACGAAAUCCGGUUGGUAGUGAAGAGGCACCUCUCAAAUCUGAAAAACGACAUUCCCGUAGCGAGGAGAACAUCUACGAGGAGAUUUUUUUCAAGGAAACCCCUAGCACGUCAACGGGGACGGGCACAGUGACCAGCAUAGCAAUGUCCGGUGCCUCUUUAACGCUCGCCAAAGAUGGUCACGAAAAUCUCGCCGUAACAGGUGCAACUCAGGCACAUGGAAUUAGUCCGUCCAACGACGGAAAUGAAAGAGCUGCUAAUGGUUUUGGAGACUGUGAGAUAUGCAUGGAGCAGUGCAGUAAGGACAAUUGCGAGUACUGCUUGGCACACAUUGGGUCGGCGACUAGAAGCAAGCUAAAGGAGGUGCAUGCAGAGCAACAGAGUUUCACCAACCAGAGGAACCAACAGGAGAGCAAUAUCGAAGCGCGAACAUCGGGUGGUGCUGGGGUCGGAUUGCCGGCGGCUCAUAUUCUAGAGUUUCAGUCAUACAACCCCAAUAAUCCCGGCGUGUACAAAAUCGAGACCACCCCAGUGGCCAUAACAGGCGAUUAUAACCCAAUACUCCAGUUCCAGCAGUCGUCGGCGACUACGUCAACCUCAGCUACCACUACGCCAAGCGAGCAACAUCUGCAGCAACAAAUUUAUGGUGAACUCUAUCUUCCGCACCAGCACCAAAGGCACUACCAGUCAUCUAUAGUUGGCAAUCCGCAGCCGAUUCACUACGCUGUGGGUGGCAGCCUGCUCUUGGCCCAGGUAACGGGGGCUGCACAUGGCUCCGCCACCCCUCCUCGCCGACAACAGCAGCCUCACUUCAUUGUGGGCUACCAUAAUGGGGUUGGGCCGGUCGCGGGCGCAGCUUCAUUGCAGCGACUUAACGCGAAGUCGUCCUCCUCGAGCGACUCGCUGCCCCACCACAAAUACAACACCAUGGCGCGGCUCGAGGCGAAUGUGUUCGCAGCACCGGCUUCUGGAGACCUUUACUAUGCCGUCAGCGGGACGCAGCCGCUGCAUUCGCUGAUGUACGCUUCUAACCGACCCAUUGGGGGAUCCCAGAUCCUGGUAGACCCCUAUGACCCCCAGAUGUACAAGAGCGACUCAAAGGCCUCUAUUCUCAGCGAGUUCUCCCUUCGCAGCAGUGAUAAUUCCCAGCGCUACGCUCGGCAUCCUCAUCGGCGACAUGGCGGGCGCAUCAGUGAUUCGAGUCUCUUUUCAGUGUACUCGACCUCUGGCCAGAGGCGCUACUUUGGUAGCUCGGAGAGCCGGUUCGGUUACGACUGCAGACGCUGCAGUCUAGAUGGGGUCAUCGGAAUGGGCUCUGGGGCAGGAAUAUCCAUGGCCCGUCCCGAUAAGUGCAGCUAUUCCGACAACUGCCGAUACGAGUGCAGAAAUUGCGAUUGUUCGUCAAAUUACUUUAGUUCAGACUUUGACGAUGUGUACGGGUCCAUUGCCCGGAGUGGCAGCAGUGGUAUUCCGCGCAAGACUGCAGCAGGAACACUUCCAUCUAGUGCUCAAGAUGGGCUUAUGGAGCGACUGGAAACCUCGCCGCCAUCUAUGGAGCAUCAGCAAAACCCACCUCCGCUAGAUCUGAAACAGAACAAAUAUGCCCAGGACUUUUUCAAGCAUGUGAACGACGUGAAACGCAGCAUAUAUCAGUCUGAGAUGCAGAGAAACAAUAGCUUGGAAUCUACGAGGCGGGGUUCAAGAAGUGGUAGCAACUCGAACAGCAACACUAAAGCGAGUCCCAAACGCACAUACUCCCAGGAACCCAGGCAAGAGCCUGUAGUGACCACCCUACCCUUGAGCAGGGGCCGACCGGCUGCAGGAUUAAAGCCUACGCCUGCCCCAAGAACCAGUCUGCAGGCUCAGAUUCCACCACCGGAUAGUCCCGCAACGAAAGACCCCACGCUGAGCAAACGCAAAAGUCAAUCGACAACGAGGAGGGAAUAUCCUUCUUUGGACAGACUCGUAGCGUCCUCGACUGGAACUAUUCCCAAGAAGCAUAACAGGACCACGGUGGAUAAUUUGCAAAGCCUAAACCCAAAGGCCAGAUUUUCAGAAGCUCCUAACGUUGAGAAAAAAAAUGCAAAAAUUGAGGAACAGUUGACGUUACCUCUAGCCAAACGACAUAACCGCUCGAGCGGGUCAAAGGCACAUCAGAACACACCUGGUCCCAGUCCUCGCCGGAAAGACAUUCCGGCACCUCCUCCGCCUUCUCCUGCGACCUAUUCCGACCUUCAGGAGUUGAAGGCCAAUAUGGAGGGUCUUCAAGAUGACACCAAGUCGCGAAGCUUGGACAGUGAAUCUAACGAAGUAACUGCAGUUAAAGAUAAGAAAUCAGAGCCAACAAUUUGCGUGAUAGAUGGAAGUGUAGCGGAGACUGAUGACAACGACGUGUUUUACGAUGCUUGCUGCGAGGACUCCGCCGGUAUCACCAUGGCUUUGGAGUCAAGUGUUGUUUUGAAAGAGGAACCGUCGCACACGACGACAUCCAGGCGUCAACAGCGGGAUAUCGAGGCUAAAGAGAACCACAAGGCCGCAAUUGACAACGAAGUGGCGCAAUCUGACGGGAACUUCGAAGCCCCUCCUCCCGUAGCCGCUAUUGCGGGCGGACCGAAAGGAAUUGCCAUCAAUACUGCCAGCUUUGACGCUCAGUCUUCAAAACGAGCGCUCGGGAGCUCGGCUGAAGUGAACAGCCAACUGGACUCGCGCACGGGCAUGGGCACGGGCCCCCCUUUCCCGUUCCCGCGCACACGCCCCCCUACGCACCAGCUACCGCCCGAUUCCGUGGACUCGACUGUGGGGGAAGGCGGCGAAAGGACAAGCAAAACAAAAGACAGCAAGAAGGUCCGAGCGGAAGUUGUCCCCAGGCAACAUGUUGGUCCAACAUGUUCGGAGGGGCAGGGCACUCUCUCGCCAGCAACAAAUGUUGCUCGCGGAAUCUCACCAACAACCAACGCUGGCAAAAAGAGCGCCAGCAACAGCGCUGUGGAGCUGGAGAUUAGUUGCAAGACGGGCAACACGGAUAGCGCAACGCCAGCGGUGGCGCACAGCGAUCAGACAUACGAAGAACCUCUUUGUGCCACAUCUACAGAAAAUAAAACGCAGCCGAAACCACGGACACGGCAGGACUUCGCCUGCCUCGAUUCCAGCGAGGCACAGUCGGACGAUAGUCACCUUACACGCGAUUCCAUUACUCGGGAGUCCCAAAACGAUGAGCUUUCUUCCUCGACUCUCGAAAAACUAGACGUGAGCACUCUACCGCUUCCCGCUCUACCCAAGCGGCGUCGCACUCGCUCUCGCACCAGUCCCUCAAAGCAUCUGUAUCAGCGGCAGCAGCACCAGCAGCAACAGCAACAGCAGCAGCAGCAACAGCAACAGCAGCGUCAUGAAGCCGUCGAAGAUGUCAGAGCUGUGGAUGAAUCGCCCACAGCAGCAGUCCAACAGAAACAGCAACUACAGCUCAAGCCACGACACCGAGCAGUCACUCCGGAGUCGCAAAUUCCAGACUUAAGUGCGCCGAAUAGCAACGAAGCCACUUCGCAGCAGGAGCAAGCACAUACACAACAGCAGCAGCAGCAGCAGACACACCUUUCCGCCUUUCAGCAGUACGUCGCCAAGCGACGAGAAAGUCUUGAGGCAUCCAACCGCUGUUUCAACGAGAAGCUGGAGGCGCGCAGAAUGCACUACCACAUGGGGGGCAGUGGCAGUGGCAGCAGUAUCAAUGGAAGCCCUGCCGCCACCCAUUUGACGAUCUCAACCGGUCCCAGCGAAGUGCCGACAUAUCUUUUUGGGGAACACGUCCACGUGGUUCCCGGCUCAGGUCGAAAGCCGUUAUCGCCCGCCGCCAACAAGGAGGAAAUAUUUUUGAACAAGUCUGGUUGGGUGCAAGUCAACACGAAGCUUGGGAGGGGAAACAAGGAUAACAACUAUGGAGGCUAUCGCCUUCUCAACUAUGGGCAACAGAAUGGGGGACAGGUUCUUCCUGACAAUGGACGUGGGCGAAGUGCGGCUUGGGCCGUUCAUCCGGAUCACGGACGUCGCCUGGACCUGGCACGCCAGUCAUUUGUACAACAGCAUCAGCAGCAGCAGCAGCGUUCUAACGUAAGCAUGGCUCAGCCAAAGUUUGUCGGCUCCAAGGUGGAGGAGCUUAUCCAAAGAAAUGAAGCAAGAGUUAUCGGCUACACAGCACGGGAUCCUGCACUCCGACCGGGCUACCGAAUCCUCGAUCCCCAACUGGCAAACAUCCUUAACGAGCGACCAGGCUUUCUGCCAGUGAAGAAUAACGAGGUGGACUCCCCCAUCACACCAAUUCUAUCGCCCCCACCCGCUUUCCAGGACAACAGCCGGAGUCUGCGGCAUCAGGACCGUCGCAAACCAGUUCGACAACAGGGUCCCCUGCCAUCGACUGUGCCCCUCCAACCGCAAUCCCAGUUUGACUCCCAGAAUGCCAAUGCAGUUUCCGCAAAGGGAAUGGUUUUCUCUCGCAGUUUUGAGUAUGACACGCGGCGUCCUACACCCACGGACAGCUAUGUAGAGACGUUUUCCCGCAGCUUUGACGGAAACCUGUCGGAGCGCCCGCUAAACCUGGCCGUUUUGGCGGGUUAUCGGUCGCCAAACUUCAGCACCCUUACUGGCAACUCCCCCAACUAUCUAACGAAGCGGGAAAGCGGCGGUGGUAGCAGUGGGUCCCUCAGGAGCCGCGACAGCUCGCCGAAAUAUCUUCACCCACAGGCUACAACGGGUUACUUGAAUGCCGCUGUGAAGGAGUCGCCGCCCGUCAGUAACAUGGUUUCCAGCAAUCAGGCCAAGUAUUCUCCGCGCUCCAGACAUGAACGGAGUUCUGAACGUUCAAAGAGCCACGUCCUCGGGCGUUCUCGUAAGUCGCAGUUUGGCCGAGUGGCUAGCGCCGGACCUCCGCCAAAGCAGUCGAACCUCAGCAAUUAUGGAGUCUCGCGCUUUAGAAGCUUCGAUACGUCCAAGAGCCAGCGACUGAAUUCCUGUGACAGUGGCGCGAGAUCAGAUCUUUCCAAUGACGAGCUAGACAACGAGGAUGGCGGACUGAACGAGUUUCUUUCUGCCGACAACCACAAAUUUGGCAAAGUCGGAACAAGUAUUGUCAACAUCUCGCCAUUCAAGGUUCAGCGCCAGCGGUCUCUAACUCCAGAUCGUAACGAGUCCCAAAGCUCAUCUAGCAGUUUGAGAAAGCAAAGAUCGCUCACCCCCGAAUCCCGGUCCUUGACUCCCGACGAACGGCGCAAGAAGGGUUCACAGCUCUCCUUAAGCAGCUCCCGUCAGAACUCUAACUCAAGGAGCAGCGCAUUAGAGGCCCGACAACGGCACGAGGACAAGAUGCCACUUAAUAUAUCGCGCAGCUCCUCCAGCUCCAGUUACAGUGGAGGCGACACCCGGGAGCCCCCUAAUGCUAUCACCAGCUCGACAGUAACGAACUCGGUAGCUGUUUCUGGAAGUGCUUCCACCACCAAUCGACGAACGAUAUCCGCUAAACAAGCGGAGCAGGAGCACCGCAUUCGACGAUCGAGAUCGUUGCAGCUAACCGAGCGCUCUCCAAAUCGAACGCACAAAUCUAUUGCUAACGUAGGGACUGUUGUAUCCACCCAGCAGCAGAAACAGAAUCAGGCUUCAGGCGCCGUUCACCAGCAGACCCGCUUGUCAGGCGGAGGAGGAGGAGUCUUUCCUCCCACCAUUCGUGCUCCUUCAACGGGGCAUGCCAACACGCCUGCACCGGCCAGCAACUCUGUGCGAAUGCGUCAAAACGAAGUGGAUAAGGCGCGAUCUUUCGACUUUGACUUCAACUCAUACCACCGCAGUGAGGGGGCAAAAGGCUCGGCACGAUCCGGGCUCACAAGUGGCAGCGGAGGGGACAGCUGCAGCAACCUGAACGAUCGUUCGAAGAGGGAGCCGAGCUCCUUCGACGACGACUUCUGUGGCGUAGUGCUGAACAACAACGCCAGUAAUGGCAGUAAUGUAAGCGGACUGCGUCUCUUGCAGUCUGCCACCGACUCCGUACACGUGUCGUUGGGCUCUACGUCCGCUUCUCGCCUGCGCAAAUCUAAUUCGCCCGUUAACGCCUCCAACGUGGAAGCCUCCCGAUCACCUCAAUCAUCGGGAUCCUCGACUAACAACCUCCACCCGCCGUCAAGGCAGUCGGGAAGCCCCCAGAGCUACGGAACUCGCUUGUGCGACCACGAACUGACGUACGAAAUGCUGCGAAAGUCGCCGAUCAUGAACUUUCGCCGAGAGGACAGUAGUGACUACGACCUGCCUGUGUUGCUGCGAAACCGAGAGACAAUCAACUCCGGCGGCAACAGCGAGCUCAAUUUUAUGAGCAACGAAACGCGAAUUUAUGAGCACCCGACAACUGUGCUAAAGCCGCAGCGCUCCCAGCGCCAAAGCCCAGGGUCACGGGAUGACCCUCCCCUGGAGGUCGCGGUCGGGGUGGGCGGCGACUUCACGUACAGACAGCAGGCACCCCAACCGCGUGGCAGCAACAGCAGUAACGUAGAAACCCCAAUAACGGCAACCACAAAAAGCUGCAGCAAAACCUUGGAAACCUGCUACUAUUGGCCUCGCUGCGCAGCCUGCCAGAAAAACAGGGAUCCGGGAGGAACGAAGAGAGACCAGCCAGUGCCCGGUGUGUCUAUUAGCGAGCUGGAGCCUUUAAAACCCCACGUCACCUCUGUGAGCGUUAACAAAGGCAUUGCGGUCCUGGGCGCAAGGCGUCGCAGUUCCAGUCCAUCAUGGACAUUCUUGUGUAGCGGUAUCGCGGAUAUUGACCAUCCUAUCAAACAGACGGAAGCCGAGGAGCGAGUGCCCAAAGUGCUGGCAGAAGAAAUUGUGCGCAGAAACAUCCAGAGGGGGCAGGAAGAGCGCCCGAAAGAUGUAAGCGUCAAGUGCCGCAGGAGGAAGCGCAGUCGGUCUCUGCCAAGUUUGAUAAUGAGAGGACCUCGAAUUGUGGGGAAGCCCAAAACUGGACAACUCGCAAUAAAGACGGGCAGUGGAUCUGCUGUGGGUUUGUCGCAGCAGAUGAGAGCCGUCUCUAGUCCCGCGCUGUCAGAACCCCUCUUGGAGGCACUGCCCCAGCAGCCCCUAAAGAGCUCGGAUGUGACUGUCACAAACAGCAAUGGCGGAAGUAGAGGCAUUGUCAGUGUCGGUAGUGGUGGUCUCGGUGUCUUGCAGAAAUUUAAGCGCACUCUGAACAAAAUGCACCUUACUCAGCUGCCAUCGGAGGCAACAGGCAGCAAUCCGCCAAGGGCCAAGACAUCGCCCAUAGCACCAACCGUAUCUAUCACAGCUCCGGCAACAGUGACGAUAGCCAGCGAGCCUCAUACAGAUGGCGGCGAUGGGAGCUCCAAUAAAUACCGAUUUGGGCCCCUUAUUUGGCGCACUUCCAAGGAGCGGCGCAAAACGAAGUACAACCGACGCGACAAAUGUAACUCCGGAGACUCGGGCAUUCAGAUAGAGCUCGAUCAGGAUGAGCACUACUCGCGUGUAUUGGCGGUCAGCAGCCAGGGAGAAGCCGCUCCUGCUUCUGCCGCUGGGAACACAAGUGCCGCGGGCGCGAGUGUGCGAACAAUCCGACGUACCAAUUCAGCAAAGGCGAGCAGCAUUUUAGGAGCCUUUGCGGUGAAUACCAAAAACGAUCUUCAACAAAGCACGGGCGAGUCUGACAAAAUGGAACGCGAAGCUCCCGAGUCUCUGCCCACGCGAUCGCUAAGCCAACCCAAUGGCUUGGAGUCUUACGGCAUGGGGCGCCUAAAUCUUGACGACAGCGACAGUGACAGUGUCGCGUCGAACGAGGAUGCUGUCAGCUACUACCCAAACAUCUAUGCAGAAGUACUCUAUAACUUCACGGCCGGCGGGCCUCAGGAGCUGGGUCUGGAGCGGGGAAUGCUCAUCGAAAUAUUGCGCAAGGAAGUCGGACCCUGGUGGUUUGGUCGGAUUAAGAAAGAGGCGACCAAUCUCGUGGAGGAUAUAUUGGAUCCUGAACUGGGCUGGUUCCCGAAAGAGUUCGUUCGCAUCAUUCACUGUCCUCAGACGGACAUUUUCUUUAAUGCCCACAGGGCUGCCGCUGCUGAAGCGGAGGCUGAACAGGCUAAAUCUUGUGGAGAAGAAGGGAGCAUUCCUGUUCCCGUUGCGGCGUUCCCUGGUGACACAGACGUCACCGUCACCACGGACCAAAGCAACGUCACUCUUAUUGUUAUUGAAUCGCCGCCAAAUCCGCUGAGAGCCUCUGAUGCCGACCGUAGUGCCCAACUGGAUCAUAUUACAAUUCUGCGCCGAAGUGCUGUCCGCGAACUACUUGAUACGGAAGUCAAUUAUGUCAAACUCCUGGCAGCCAUUUGUGAUGGGUAUCUGCCAGCCAUGAGCAAGCGCAUCGAUAUAUUUUCGCCAAACAGUAUUCGUUUGAUCUUUUCCAACAUAACGGCCAUUUACAAGUUCCAGCGAAAAUUUUUAGAGGCCUUGCAGCGUGGAGUCGAGCAAAAUCAGAUAGCUAAAGUUUUUCUUAAAAUGCACAAGGGUUUUUUAUGCUACUCAACCUACUGCAACGCCUAUCCCCGAGCGCUUAUUGAACUUGAGACUUAUGACCGCGUAAAAGACGCCCGUACCAUCCUGGAGAACUGCCGCGAGUCCAAAAACUUGGCCGAACUUCCACUCUCCGCCCACCUCCUGGCCCCAGUGCAACGCAUCUGCCGCUAUCCCCUGCACCUAAACGAGAUUAUCAAGUCAGCAUUAGAAAACGCGAGUAAGAAAUCGGGUACAAUAGAUGAUUACGCCAAGACAACUGCCGAGGACUAUGAAAAGUUUGACGUCAGUGAGCUUGACAUACCUGAUACGCAGGAAACUGUUAAUUUGGCGCUAGAGGCAAUGCGCGGCAUUACAGAAGCGGUCAAUGAAGGAAAACGCCACAGCGAGACGAUUGCAAGGCACCAAGCCAGCUUCCAAAACUUUAAAGGGCCCCCUCUGCACUUGCACAGUGCUCGCUUUUUCCUGCAGGUCGAUGCUACGCGGCAAAAACAAAAUCUGUGGAACAGCAGCUACACUCUAUUCCUUUUCGAUAACCAGCUGAUAUACUGCAAGCGUGAUAUUAUCAAGCGCAGUCACUUCAUCUACAAAGGACGUAUUUUCCUGGACCGGUGUCGCGUGGUCAACGUAAGGGACGGAAAGAUGUUUGGACACACCAUCAAGAAUUCGUUACGGUUAUAUUGUGAAUCGCGCGACAAAUGGUACGAUUUUAGCUUCCGGUCGGCAAACCGCAAGCACCGCUUUCUCAACACCCUCGCUCUAGAGCGUCAAUUUGGCGGCAAAGCCCUAUAUGUGUCGGAAAUGACUGGUUUUGAAUACAACUACGAGGAGCGACCGGGCGACUUUUCGGACCAGUCUGAUUACGAAGCGCAGGACUUUGAAGUCGCCACGGGAGCCACAUCUGCCAGUGGUGAAAGCUCUGUGCCGGACUCUCCGGCCAAAUUGACGUCGCGCCUGUGCGAGACGCUGCCCAAAAAAUCCCUAUCCAGAGAUGGCAUAUCUAGCGCUGACAACUCUCAAAUAUUGUCCAGCACAUCAACAGGAUCCCUGGGAAGACGCCAUUUCGGCAUCUGGUUCCGUAAACCAAAGAGCGCCAAUUGCACACCCAGUCAGUCGCCGACGCAUAAGCCAGGCUUCGACGCAGAUGCGACGCUGACGGAAGCUCGGGUGGCUGCCAUGGAACUAGCCGAAGCUGCGGCAGCGCUUGUGCCAACAGACAGUUCGUCCGCGUAAAUUCUCCACUUAGAAGCGAAUAGAAUCGAAAUAACACAGCAUACAACAUACAAGAUAUGUUACAAGCGAAUGUACCCAUACAUAAAAUACAUGGUUAAAAAUGUUUGUUAUACUAAUAUUAGAUCGCCUCCUAACACAGUAACAGAUAAUCAAAUGAGUGUUACUUUCUUAUUCAAUUGACUUUAGCGUUAUCCUUUUUUUUAACAUAAAAUUAUAUUUGUUUUUGUUGUAAACUAUUUGCCGUUUAAAUUCGCAGGGUUUGUAGACAACCAAACAUUCUUGGUGUAAAAAAAUUCUAGACAGAAAAUAUAUAAUGUACGUGUACUUCUGGCAUUUGAAUGCGGUUUUAUAUAUGUAUGUCGCCGACUGCUAGUCUAAAAACCCUAUUACCUGUCCUUAUACUUGUAAACUUAGGUUACGUGAUAAAUCGAUAAUAAAUUCCCGCAAACUAAUUUACCACUUCGGUUUGUAAACCCUAAUUCGCUUGAAGACCUCCAAAACCCUUCAAGCUGCAUAUAAAAAAACUACCCACACGUAGUAGUUACUUUACAUAUGAUACAUUUUAACAAGAUUUCGAUACUGUGCUUAUUUAACGAAUGGUUUUUGACAUGGUAUUUGUUACUGUUUUUGUUGGGCCAAUCGACCGUUAGCACAUAUAUCGUUAAAAAUGUUAACCAUACCUAUUAUUGACCGAAACAUAUUAAUAAAAGUCGUAGAGUAUUAAUAAAGAAAAAAAACAAAACAUAAUC